AAUGGUGUCUAAUGGAAGGAUUUCUGGUUUAGUUGGCUACAACAUCAGGCAGCUUCUCUAAAUUAUUUUAGAUGCCUACAGAGUAAAAUGACUUUGCCAAGCAGCAGUUCCCAUCCCCACGGUUGUUUUAUGAAGGGCAGUGGACUCUCAGAGGGUGCAAACGCUUCCUUGACUGUCAGUUAGGAGUCAGCUGUACAACUGGCACAGGCAGUUAUCUGACAUUUAAACGGCUCAAGUUAAAUGAGACAGAUUUCACACCACAUAACUCACACCAGUAUGUCUAAUUCACUACAUGCCUGUGGGUUAUCCCCAUUCUGGAGACACAAAAUUAAAGCUUAAGGGAGCUAAACUACUCUUGCCACAGAUAUUCAAGCACAAUACUACCCCUGAAAUCAAGUAAAAUUAGGGCAGCUCAUUUGACAACUACUUGAGCCUAAGCACUUUGCUCCUAGCCAAAAAGGAAGCCUGGGUGAGACAGUGAUAUGAUGCAGGGUUUUAGAUAAGUGUCGUAGUUUGACUGAAAACAUCAUUCCUAAGGGCUGUUUCCCAAUAAAAGGCUGUGUCACCUUCUAUUGGGAAGGGCAGUGCAGCUGUAAAGUGACAGUCUCAAACAAUUACAAAGCCCCCGGCACCUCCUGAUCUGAGAUGCAUUCCUCAAGUCCAGGUCCUUCUAAAGAAAACAUCAUUCAUAGCAGAUGCAGGUCCCCAAAAUGGUCAGGUCUCUGUGUGGCUGAGGACACUAAGUCCUUAGACACAGUAAACUCUCAAUGUCCUUUUUGUGAGACAGCAGUGAGACUAUUUUCCAUUCAAGUUCUUCAUUUUAGUUGUUUUUAAGCAGAAGUCUGGUGUCCAAAUUGAAACCCCUUCCUAAAUUCACUAUCCACAUCACAUCUGAGGUCUUCUAAAGAUGAUGUACACAAAAUUCAGCCGCUCCCCACCAGUUUUCCCAAUGUAUGUCCAUGACAGCUGCCUGCUUCUCUGUGCCUCCUCCUACUCAACUAAGCAGAGGACAAUAUUAACAGUUGACUGAGCAAGGGAAAAGGAUAACUUUUUGCUGGAAUGCUCCUUAGGCAAGAAACUGGUAUUUUCCUCAUCUACUUACUGGAACUUUUUCCCACCAGCUGAGGAAAAUAUGCAAAUUCUUUCUCCUAAAAAAGUGUCUGGAGACAUCAUCAGACUUUACUUCUUGCCUGCAGGUAUAAACGAAACCUGCAUUACCCAUAACCUUUAUUGUUUCUUACUCUCCAGAGCACUACCAGCAGAGGGAAUGUUCAGCUACCUCCGGAAACGCUUUGCCAGCCACAUCAGAGAACGCAGCCGGCGAAGAGCAAGGCUUGUCUCUAAAGAUGGAAGGUGUAACAUAGAGUUUGGCAAUGUAGAACAGCCGAGGUUUGUCUUUUUGAUUGAUAUAUGGACAACUAUCCUGGAUCUCAGAUGGAGAUACAAAAUGACUAUCUUCAUUUCAGCAUUCUUAGGCAGCUGGUUUCUGUUUGGUCUCCUCUGGUAUGUCGUGGCAUACAUACACAAAGACCUGCCAGAAUUCAACCCUUCCAUAAAUCACACCCCCUGUGUUGACAAUAUCAACGGCCUCACUUCAGCUUUCCUGUUUUCCUUGGAGACCCAGGUAACCAUCGGUUAUGGCUUCAGAUGUGUCACAGAACAAUGUGCCACUGCCAUUUUCCUGCUCAUCUUCCAGUCCAUCUUGGGGGUGAUCAUCAAUUCUUUUAUGUGCGGUGCCAUCUUGGCCAAGAUAUCAAGGUCUAAAAACCGGGCUAAGACCAUCACCUUCAGCAAGAACGCUGUCAUCAGCAAACGCGGUGGGAAGCUCUGCCUCCUUAUUCGGGUGGCAAACCUCAGGAAGAGCCUGCUGAUUGGCAGCCACAUCUAUGGAAAGCUUCUCAAGACCACCAUCACCCCAGAAGGAGAGACAAUCGUUUUGGACCAGGUCAACAUAGAAUUUGUAGUUGAUGCUGGCAAUGAGAAUCUCUUCUUCAUUUCCCCAUUAACUAUUUAUCAUAUCAUAGACAAGAACAGCCCGUUCUUCCACAUGGCAGCAGAAACCAUUCUACAGCAAGAUUUUGAAUUGGUGGUGUUUUUAGAUGGCACUGUUGAAGCCACGAGCGCUACCUGUCAAGUGAGGACAUCCUACAUCCCAGAGGAGGUGCUAUGGGGUUACCGCUUUGCUCCCAUUGUGUCCAAGACCAAAGAAGGGAAAUACAGAGUAGACUUCCAGAACUUCAGCAAGACAGUGGCUGUGGAGACUCCCCACUGUGCCUUCUGUCUCUACAAUGAGAAAGAAGCUAAAGCCAAAGAGAAGAAAGGUUAUGACAAUCCUGGGUUUGUCUUGUCAGAAGUUAAUGAAACCAGUGACACUAAAAUGUAGUUCCAGAUAUUCAUGGGACCAUAUCUUUGUUCAUAAUGAAUUCAAUCUUGAGAGGAUUAAUAACUUAGUAAAACACAAAAGAACACAGGCUUGGUUUUACUCUAAAACAGCAUUUAUCUUCUCAAAAGCUUCAAAUCAAAAGAGGAACAGAAUACCAUUGAUCUCCAGAAUGCUCUAUAUUUCAUAGAACUUCUAUUUUUAUACCAAUGGGACAUUUUAUGAAGCUGCUAUGUUGGAAUGUCCAACUCACUUAAGUUCCCAGAGGCAUGCAAGUCUGUUAAAAAGCCUGAAAAGAUGGAGAGAAACUUUAGGGCACAUUAAAGACACUGCUGUUGGAAUGGGAACAUGAAAAGGGGAGACAGAAGGCAAAGCUAAAGCAACCUACAGGACUUAGGAGCCAAAGCCUCAACAAAUGUAUGGUUUUGGUUGCCAAAGUACUCUAUGAAAGCAGACUCUCUGGUUCUGGAACACUAGAGCACUUUUGAACACUUCGAAACAAUCCCUUCUUUUUUUGAAGGCUGGUACCUCUACCAAAAUGGAGCAUUGUGGGAUGGUACAUGCUUGGGAAGCCAGGAAAGAUGCAGCUUGGGCCAUUCUGCUGCAUCUAGAACUCUAAAAUAUGACUUUUUUCCUGUGAAAGCCUUAGGUUCCUUUAGGGAAAAAUAGCCAAAUAGAAAUUGAAAGUGAAAAAAGGAGAAGCAGACAGCCACUAUGGGAGAAGAGGAUUUUUGCAGCUUAUUCCUAACUGUGUCACUUCAGAUACUCUUCCUCCACUUCCCCAGAAGCUGGAUAACUGUGGAAUUAGGAAACAUCUGAAGCCAACUGUCCAGGAAGAAGAGGAGCCACAGUGGGGAGGUGAAGAACACAUCAACUGCUUCACACCUGGCAGAAGAGCAAUCCACUGGGAGAAGAGAGGAAAUUCCCAGCUCUGGAUGUAUCCACACUGCAAACAGAGAUUAUCUUUUCCCUUGAAGCGUGAAGGUCUUGUUAAAACAAAAACACAGCAAAGGAGCCUCCCAUCAACAGUAGCUUCACAUUUAGUUCCAAACCAUCCAUCUCACCACAGCAAGAUGUGCAUCCCUUCAGGAAACAAGUCCUGCUCAGUGGCAGCUAAGUAGUGGCAAACAUUUUUGGGUGUGAUUGUUGACAUCAAAGUUUCAAAUGCAAUAAGAAGCUUCAGGAACUUCCUGGUGAACUUCCACUUCCUCACAGCCUUUUCUACGCCCUCCAACAAGUUCUUCUGCUGAGAGUUCAAGUGGCAGACCAAAGGAAGAGGUUUUGGGGGAACCCUUCCCAGUGAUGUAAUUCAGCUCUUCUGUUUUCAACAGUGUGGUAAAAUGGAAGUGUCUUUCUAAAAGCUGCUGGACUGAGCAGUUUUAUAAGAAGGGGAGAAUUGAGCAGGUCAAAUGAUGACGAGACAAAGUUAUUUUGCUAAUGAACAUAAUGUGAGUGUGGAAAUCAAACUCCGGGAACUGAGAGAAUUCAGGUCUCAGUCCCAGUGUACUAUCAACUCCUUUGUUGGUUCAGAACAAAUCACUUUAGUACGUAUCUCAGAUUUGCCAUCUGUAACACGGGACAGAAAGUACUUAUACUGUACAAAGAACAAUGUUAUGAACAAUUAUGAAACUAAAGCACUUUAAAAGCCAAUUCUCAACAGUCUCAAUCUUUCCUCUCUUCAAUGUGUCACUGUUACACCCUUCACUUCUAGAUGGAAAGGUCAGCACAGAGAGUUCCGUCCUCAUCACACAUCAGAAUUACUAGAAAUGGCUGCACUAUGGGAUGCUCGAACCACCUGCUGACACCUUCAAGGGGAAGCCCUGUUGAUUCUGUUUGGAGAUACUUCCACUGACCAUCCCUGCACCAGAGGUGAGAAGGUAAAGAGCAGACACUCCAUCCCUGCAGCUCCAUGCCCCUGCCUGCUUCCCCAACCUACAGCGUAGCACAUUGGGAUGCUUCGAAGCUCAUGUUGGACACUGCAUGUGACUCAGCUGAAACAAGGAUGUUUCUUUUGAAUGGUGAACGACAAUGCAAGAAAAUAGAAACAGUUUCAUUGCUGUUGACUCAUUAUUCUGAGACUUCCUUGUCAGGCUCUGCUGUUUGUCCUGUGCUGCUUGACAUAUAUAUUCACCCAAUCUAGUACAAAUCUAAGUACUUAGCAAAUGAAGCAGGGACAAAAUCAACACUUACCUGGCUGGGGCCGCUGCUGUUCUGUUGUCUUAUUCACAUUUUGUGUCCCUGCAACAGGAGGGCCUGUAAAAACACAGAAAGAUCUUAUAUGUACUAGAACAGAAAAGGAGGAAUGAACAGAGAACAAGGCAAGUACAAGAUAGAUUGAACGGGAUCAACAGCAACUGGGAUGCGAAAAGUUUUUUAAUCUUAAGAGCUGAUAUUUCUGAAAUUGCAUGACAAAAUCAAGAUAUUUGACUAGAAAUUAAAGACUUCACUGUAAAAUGAAAAUACGCAGGUGAGGCAAGGAAAAUAAUAUGUAAUCCCUUUACUGAUUUCUGCCUUUUAUUUCAACUGACCUUCCAUUAAGCUUACAUCCAUGUUUUGAACAGAAACUUGGAUUUUUUAAAUGUAUAAAUUCUGACCUUCUUCCAUGUUGGAACUUUUUUCAAUAUUUUUUUGGAAAUGCAAAUUCUUUUUUUAAUUAAUUUAAAAUUAAUUAAUUUAAUUAAAAGUUUUUACACAAAAACUUUUGGGUUUAUCAAAUCAAACAUUUUGUUGAAAACAUCAUGGCAAUUUCUAUAAAACCCUCCAACAUUAAUGUCUGUUCCUCCUUUUGUAUCUUUUCUCUCUGGGACGAGCGUUUUGGGCAAUGCCUAAGCCUGACACAUCUGAUCAUGAAGUAGAGUCAUUGCAGUCAGCGGAGUUGAAGGUGCAACUCAUCCCAUCCAAAAGGAGCCUCCCUUUCUCUUAUGCCAAGGAGACAGAAGACCAUGGGCAGAAAAGGAGGCUGAGAUGAACCUAUUUCCAGAAAAUGAACGUCAACUUUAAAACCCAAAGACUUGACACGCACGAUAAGGAAGCUACUUUAAGGAAAGGGGACAAAGCAUCCUCUGGAGUGACAUUCUGAAUGCCCCUUUGCUCAUGCUGCUGGGAAGGGAAACCACAAAUCCCACUGCAAAUAGAUCAGCCUGAAAAACAAACCGCUACGGUUCCAGCCCAGGACAAGGAGUGCGAUGGGACAUCUCUGAAGGAGGGAAACAGGCAGCCCCAGCCCUGCUGUCUCCAAAAUGAGCCCUGUCCCUGCUCCCAUGGCUGGGAAGGGGCUUGUAGCCAGAUGCUGCUGGGGAAUUUAUCCCCAAGCUCAGCCCUCAGCAGUUGUUAUAAAUAAGAUGCUGUUCGCAUUUGCCUUGCUGGAAACCCAUCAUGCAAAUCCCAACUCAAUCUGAGUACACACAGAGCUCGGGCUGCUGCUCUAUCAGAAAGCAGGAGAGCAGGGAUGAGGUCUGAAGCAACCAUUGACUUUUCCCAUGUCCUCUUUGCAGCCACUCUCUGACUUUCAUUUCUCCCCUGGGAUAUCCUCCCAAAGUAUUACAACUGGAGAUCUUAGAGCAAUGUUUUGGGAAAUAUUUGGAAACAUAAGAGUUCUGCCUUGAGAGAAAGGCAAAACUUCUGAAAUCGCCACUGAUCAAGAUGCUAAUGUACAUUUUGGUUAGCUCAGUCGGAAAGAGCUUUGCCAUUAGGUAAUUCUAAUGGAAAUGCCACUCACACGGUGAUCCUGUUAAAAAGAAAGGUGGCAAUUAAUUUUCCAACAGAAAAAUUCCUUUCCAAAAAGUAGCAGCACUCAUGGAAAAUCUUCCAUUUUUUCUGAUUCUUUUGGGUCAGAUAACUGACCCAAGUGAAUCCACUGCUACAAAUGGGUUGGUUGAUUCAGAUGCAUCAGCAUGUUUUGAGUAAACAAAUAGGCCAUCAUCCGGAUAGAUGAUCCUCCUCCUCCAGAUGGAGAAGCUUUGUCACAGAGGAGGAGCCCGCUUUGCUCACAGUGUCACAGAAAGUGUGUAAAAUGCAUCUCCUGAGGGGUUUUUUUUAGCAGAAAGUGACAUUAUUACAAUCAGAUGUGCUGACCAGGCAUGUAUUGCUGCGGCUGCUUGGGUGUUAUAGGAUCCAGGCUGGUUCUCCAGCUGCCCUAAGGUCUCCCCUUCAGGAGCCUUCUCUUCUCCAGGCCGAACCAGCCCAGCUCUCUCAGCCUGGCUCCAGAGCAGAGCUGCUCCAGCCCUCGCAGCAGCUCCGUGGCCUCCUCUGGGCUCGCCCCAACAGCUCCACUUGCUGCUCUCGCUGCUGUGUGCAGCCCAUGCCUCGGUUAGGAUGAGACUUAGCUGAGCAUCAUUAAAUACGCUAGUUAGCAAUGCAGGCAUAGCUAUUGAAUGUGUUCAAUCAUUUCUUUCCAACUCUUCCUUUCCCUCUCAAAAAACCGAAGCCCAAAUCCACUAAGCUAUUUUGGUUUUGUUUCCACACAGAUCUGUGGAAUGCGAAAGAACCACAGCAGCCCUCCCAGCUUUCAGGCCCAGGCUCUAAAGCUGAACGUGUCUAAAACGAAAUGGAAAAGGCAGAGCCAGGGAACCUAUCCAGAGACUCGAGUUUCUGCAAAAACAGCAUCAUUACCAGGACCUGACACCCAGUGACUCAAAAAGAUCCUAUAGAAUUCCAGCCAGACUGUUAGUGACAGGAGAGAGAGUCUUAUCUGUCAUUAAACCUGCUUGGAUUUUACAACAAAACUUGGAAAUUCAACUAGAAGCUUCAGGCUGAGGUCCUCUUCUGGUGUAAAGCAGCAAAUAGCUACAGUGAAGUUAAGGGUAAAUGUAUCCCAACUAAGGAUCAGGUCCCCAAGUCUGUUUUAGACUUGAAAGGCCCAGCGGAACAACAGUCCUAUGACAAAUGUGCGUUCAAUACAAAAUGGAAUUAAAGAGCAGAAAAUAAAUCAUAGAUGCUUUCAAGAAA